UUCAGUCUCUCCGCAGCCGUGACAUUCUAAGAAGAAGCCUACAAGUGUCGCCUGAAGAUGCCUUUCUUUGGCGUUUGGAUUUUAAUAGUGACAGCUGCAGUGUCGGCAGCCCGUUUGGAGGUGAAGGUGAACCCACGCGUGGCUCUGUCUCACGUGGGGGACAGACUGGUCGCCGAGUGCGAGGCGCAAUGCGCGGAAAAUGCCAAGUUCCUGUGGGACACCUUGAGCGACGUCCCUCUGGAAGGACGCGUUACCAGGGGCGAAAGUGCCAAGUCCUUCCUCACUUUUGACCCGGUCACGAUUGAGAACGAGGAAACUUUUGUGUGCAAGGUCACGUGUGGAAAAGACUGGAGACAAAGUCGGAUAAAAGUCACAGUGUACUCUUUUCCCAAGGACCCUGUCAUUUCUGGAAAUGAAAACUUAGUAGCAGGAGAAAAUGCGAGCAUCACAUGCAAAGUCCCCGAUGUCUACCCACCCGAGUCUCUGAGAAUCGAAUGGCUGCGGAAUGGACAGGUUGUGUCUAAGGAUGACAGCGAGGGAGGGGACAGCAGAUCGGUCCAAACGGUGUCCUCCACAUACACCUUUAUGCCCGAAGCUGAAGAUAAUGGACAGGCCAUUAGCUGCAGGGCUACGCUUCAGCUUUCUGGGCUCCCUGACAGAAACAAAACCAGAGAAUCAACUCUACCACUCGCUGUGCAGUCUCCACCAAGUAAAACCACUGUCUCUGUGAAUCCGGCUGAGGAGCCGAAGGAAGGGGAAUGUGUGACCAUUUCCUGUCAAUCAGAUGGUGCCCCAGCAUGUAACAUGAUCCUGCGUCGACAGACCAACGGCCAGUACACAGAGUUGCAGUCCAGUGUGGGCUCCAAUCUCUCCUACACGAUCCCUUCCAUCCAGCUGGAGGACACUGGUCUGUACGAAUGUGAGGCCCUCAAUGAGCAUGGGCGUCAGAACCACACUGUCCAGGUUAUGGUGAGAGCAUCACCCAGGAACACUACGGUCCAGGUAUCGCCCUCCUGGAAUGUCCCCCAAGGUCGGAACAUCACUGUCUCCUGCACCACAGUGAGCUUCCCAGCAGCCACUGCGGUCCUGAGGAGACUCUCUGACAGCAAGGAGCUCUCCUCCUCAGACUGCGUCUUCCACCUGCUGAACCUCACCACCAGCGACGCCGGUCCUUAUCUACUCAACGUCUCCAACGCCCUGGGAUAUGAGAUUAAGUUUUUCAACUUAAGCAUAAUGGCUCCACCAAGUAAAAUCACUGUCUCCGUGAAUCCUGCUGAGGAGCCGGAGGAAGGAGAGUAUGUGACCAUUUCCUGUCAAUCAGACGGUGUGCCAGCGUGUAACAUGACCCUGCGUCGACAGACCAACGGCCAGUACACAGAGCUGCAGUCCAGUGUGGGCUCCAAUCUCUCCUACACGAUCCCUUCCAUCCAGCUGGAGGACACUGGUCUGUACGAAUGUGAGGCCCUCAAUGAGCAUGGGCGUCAGAACCACACUGUCCAGGUUAUGGUAAAAGCAUCACCCAGGAACACUACGGUCCAGGUAUCGCCCUCCUGGAAUGUCCCCCAAGGUCGGAACAUCACUGUCUCCUGCACCACAGUGAGCUUCCCAGCAGCCACUGCGGUCCUGAGGAGACUCUCUGACAGCAAGGAGCUCUCCUCCUCAGACUGCGUCUUCCACCUGCUGAACCUCACCACCAGCGACGCCGGUCCUUAUCUACUCAACGUCUCCAACGCCCUGGGAUAUGAGAUUAAGUUUUUCAACUUAAGCAUAAUGGCUCCACCAAGUAAAAUCACUGUCUCCGUGAAUCCUGCUGAGGAGCCGGAGGAAGGAGAGUAUGUGACCAUUUCCUGUCAAUCAGACGGUGUGCCAGCGUGUAACAUGACCCUGCGUCGACAGACCAACGGCCAGUACACAGAGCUGCAGUCCAGUGUGGGCUCCAAUCUCUCCUACACGAUCCCUUCCAUCCAGCUGGAGGACACUGGUCUGUACGAAUGUGAGGCCCUCAAUGAGCAUGGGCGUCAGAACCACACUGUCCAGGUUAUGGUAAAAGCAUCACCCAGGAACACUACGGUCCAGGUAUCGCCCUCCUGGAAUGUCCCCCAAGGUCGGAACAUCACUGUCUCCUGCACCACAGUGAGCUUCCCAGCAGCCACUGCGGUCCUGAGGAGACUCUCUGACAGCAAGGAGCUCUCCUCCUCAGACUGCGUCUUCCACCUGCUGAACCUCACCACCAGCGACGCCGGUCCUUAUCUACUCAACGUCUCCAACGCCCUGGGAUAUGAGAUUAAGUUUUUCAACUUAAGCAUAAUGGCUCCACCAAGUAAAAUCACUGUCUCCGUGAAUCCUGCUGAGGAGCCGGAGGAAGGAGAGUAUGUGACCAUUUCCUGUCAAUCAGACGGUGUGCCAGCGUGUAACAUGACCCUGCGUCGACAGACCAACGGCCAGUACACAGAGCUGCAGUCCAGUGUGGGCUCCAAUCUCUCCUACACGAUCCCUUCCAUCCAGCUGGAGGACACUGGUCUGUACGAAUGUGAGGCCCUCAAUGAGCAUGGGCGUCAGAACCACACUGUCCAGGUUAUGGUAAAAGCAUCACCCAGGAACACUACGGUCCAGGUAUCGCCCUCCUGGAAUGUCCCCCAAGGUCGGAACAUCACUGUCUCCUGCACCACAGUGAGCUUCCCAGCAGCCACUGCGGUCCUGAGGAGACUCUCUGACAGCAAGGAGCUCUCCUCCUCAGACUGCGUCUUCCACCUGCUGAACCUCACCACCAGCGACGCCGGUCCUUAUCUACUCAACGUCUCCAACGCCCUGGGAUAUGAGAUCAAGUUUUUCAACUUAAGCAUAAUGGCCCACACAGGGGAGUCUCCUGCCUUGAACAUGACAGUCCCCACUGUUGCUACAGUUUCUUUGUUACCUGCAAUUGCCUUGGUGGUGCAUUACUUGAGGAAAUUCAGUCGGACAUUCUCAUACAAAGUGGGCCCUUCAUCUGUUGUGUAGGAAUGUAGGAGUGUAAGAACGUAGGGGGGCCCUCUUUGGUUGUCCUCUGCCUACUAGCAGGGCCAGGAUGGAGGUUCAAGAUGGCCAGAAAAGGAUCACUGCUGACUGACGGCUUCUACCUAGCUGACCAUUUUUAAGGAUCUUUGCCAGUUUACUGGUGUCUUAAAUUAUUGUGACAGAUGUUAAUUAAAUGUCUCAGGUAUUCUUCUUUGAAGAAGUCUCUUUUUUAAGUUCUUCUGGCAAAUAUUAUGAACCCGAAUGGAGUUGAAGGAACUCCCUAAGUAAAUAAGUGAACAUCACAAAAGCUGUUGCCAAUUUAUAGGAAACUGAAGCAAUUCUGAGGGGGCGCGGUGGUGCAGUGGGUUGGACCACAGUCCUGUUCUCCUGUGGGUCUGGG